AUGGGAUCAAAUACAUCGAAACCGGAAACUAAGGUAUUUACACCUUCUACUCCAAUUGACUUUAGCUCGACAUUUUUAUCACAAUUAGAACAAUCACCAGAAUCUGAUUAUUCUAGAGCUCAAUAUACGGAGAAAUACAUUCAAGAUAGAGUUGCUAAAGAAUUGACAAAAUUGGAAAAAGAAACUAUUAAAAAUUUCAAAGACACCACGAAUAAAGCUUUACUCAAAGAUGAUAAAAAAGAUCAAAAUGCCAAAAUAUCCGUAUCACAAGCAAAUGAUAAGAUAGUUCAACUUACUCAAUUAUUGAAAGAAAAUGCUGCAUUAGAACAGGCUAAUAUAACGCCCGAGAUCAAACAAUCUAGAGAACUGGUGAUACAAUGUUUAAAAAAUAAUCAAGGUAAAAGUCUCAAUUGUUGGAAUGAAGUUGAAACAUUUAAAAAUUUAGUAAGAGAUUUAUAA